AUGACUCCCAGAUCUGCCCUAGAAAACGAUCAGGUUCCCAUGGAUCAGGAACAGAGCGGGCUGAUGUUCAUUGGAUCUAUAGAAUUCACCAAUCUAUGGCGUUUACAUCAAGUGUGGACUCAGAAAUAUCAGUGGAAUAUCAAAAGACUGCAUGAUCAGUACGGGCCAGUAGUGCGGAUUGGUCCAAACUUGCUGGACCUAGACUACCCGGAGUUGAUCAAGACCCUCUAUAGCACCGAUGGCAAAUGGCGCAAAACCGAGUUCUACCACAACAGCAGUACCAUCAUCGAUGGUAAAGUUACAUACCAUCUGUUCAGUACUACCGACCAGGUGGCUCAUGCACGCAUGAAGAAGCCAGUCGUCAAGUAUUAUUCCAUGAGCAGCAUCUUAGGCUUGGAAAGGGGGAUGAAUGAGGUAAUCAAUGACUUUUGUGGUCAUCUGGAACGUCGGUUUAUGGAAGGAAACAACAAGGGCAAAGACUGUGAUCUGGGAAAGUGGCUAGCAUAUUAUACCUGGGACUUGAUCAGCUCGGCCACUUUCAGUAAACGCUUCGGAUAUAUGGAAAAAGGAUAUGAUUUUGACGGCACCAUCCACAUUGCCGACCAGGUCACGGACUAUUUUGCCAUGGUGGGCCAGAUACCUUUCCUCGACUUCUUGCUCGACAAAAAUCCCAUCAAGCGCAUCGGUCCACCUAAUCUGGGCAACGUAACACGCAUUUCAGUCGAGAACAUGAUCGCUCGUCUCCAAGGGAAGUGUGAAAAGACAGAUCCUAAUGAGAUGGAUUUCCUUGAUCACUUCAUCGAGGCCAAGACAAAAAAUCCGGAUGUUGUAGAUGAGAAGCUCAUCAUAGGCUACCUACAAGUCAACAUGCUUGCCGGCGCCGACACCACCGCAAUCACGCUCCGGGCCAUUUUCAACUUUCUUCUUCGAAACCCCAUUGCCUUUGAGAAACUUGGACGGGAACUCGUCGAAGCUAAGUUUGAUCUGUCAAACCCAGUAUCUUACAGUUCGGCACGUGCCUUGCCUUACCUCGAUGCCGUCAUCAAAGAGGCAAUGCGUAUGCACCCUGGUGUGGGGAUGCUCCUGGAGCGAUAUGUGCCUGAUUCAGGACUUACAUUGCCAGACGGCAGUUAUGUCCCUCCUGGAACCGCUGUCGGCAUUAAUCCGUAUAUCAUGGGGCGCAACAAGAGCGUGUGGGGAGACGACGCGGAUGACUUUCGGCCGGAGCGUUGGCUGCAGGCUGAUAACGAAGACGAGGAAGAUUAUCAGCGGCGCCUGCGUAACAUGAGUAAUGCCGACCUCACAUUUGGGAGUGGAUCUCGUAUUUGUAUCGGUCGCAACAUCGCCCUGCUGGAAGUGUACAAGGUCAUCGCCACGCUUGUAUCGAGGUACGAGAUCUCGCUUGCAGACCCUUGCCGCGAAUUUGUCAUGAUUUCCACCUGGUUCCCUCGUCAAUCAGGUCUUGUAUGCACUCUGAGGAAGCGGAAGGAAGUAUGA